AUGAAGCAUUUAGGAUGCCGGUUCAAGUUUUUUCACGCAUUAUGUAGAACUUUAAGGGAUGAUUAUGGUUUGACUGGUUUGGAUAAUAUUGGCAUUCCUGAGAUGGUAGCGAUGUUCAUAUCUAUUUUAUGUCAUGCUCAAGCGAAUCGGGAUAUACAGAAGAGGUUUCAACACUCAGGCGAGACUAUUAGUCAACUUUUCCAUAAGGUUUUGCUAUUAGUCCUGAAGUUGUCUAAGGAUAUCAUCCAACCUAGGGGUAAUGCCUUACAUGAAACCCCUAUGUAUAUACAUAAGCAUCCUAAAAUUUCUUAUCGUAUAUGUUUUAAGGAUUGUAUUGGGGCACUGGAUGAAACCCAUAUAUUGGCCAUUGUUGGGCCAGAGAAUACACAAAGAUAUAUUGGGAGAAAAGCUGUCAUCACCCAGAAUGUUUUAGCAGUGCGUAACUUCGAUAUGAUGUACACAUAUGUAUCGGCUGGAUGGGAGGGUUAUGCCCAUGAUAGUCAGGUUCUGGAACAUCCCUUGCGUGUUGAGAGAAUGAAGUAUGCAGAGAAGACAAGUUUCCUCGCACCAUACAAGGGAGAGAGAUAUCAUGUUCCUGUAUUCCAUAAUGGAGCACCCCCAUCGGGACCCCAUGGAAGAUUCAAUAAGGCCUAUGCUUGGCUUAGAAAUGUCAUCGAAAGGACAUUCGGGGUUAGAAAGAAGAAAUUACGGAUCUUAAACGCAAUGACUUCCUAUGAUAUAAAGGUUCAAGCGAUGAUUGUGUUAGCAUGCACGGCACUUCACAAUUUUAUACGCAUGCAUGUUGUUAUAUUCGGUGCCCGACCCCCUUCAUGA